ACACACUUACCACUCCAAUUCCGAUGGCACUGACCCUGCGCUCAUGAUCUCCGUGCCAGGGCUGACGGAGGAGCCAGAGAUCCAGAUCUCGCUGGCGCGGGGGCUGCCAGGGACGCUGCUGGCCGGGGAGCCGUUGACUGUGACCUGCACGGCCCCUGGGCGCUGCUCCGGGCCCCCUCCCCGAGUCACCUGGACGGGGCCGUUCAGUGACACAGCCCGGAACGUCUCAGCCCAGCUGGCGAACGGCACCUGGGCCCACAGCUCCGCGCUCAGCUUCACGCCCGGCCCGGGGGACCACAGCAAAGGGCUCGUCUGCAGCAUCACCUACAGGCCACCACGGGGACCUUCCACCAACAGAACCGUCCGGCUCCACGUCGGCCGUGAGUGACCCCCCCCAGCCCCUCCACGCCGGCCCCCAGCCCCCUCUGGGAUCCCCACCCCGGGCUCCCAGCUCUGCCUUCCAGCCCCUCCCCCAACUCAGCCCUGUGCUGGGAUCCCCACCCCCCACCAGGCACCGUCAGCCAAUUCUACUCCAGGCCCUUUCACCCCACACUGUGCAGCCCCUUCUCCCUUGGGAUCUUCUCCUCUGCCUGCCCCCCUUGGCUAUGGCUUCCCCCCCUCCC